CCGAUCCUAAGUUUAUAACCAUCUCUUUGCCAACACCAUUAAGUACAGUAUAGACAAGCACAAUGGCAGAACAAUUGAGGAAUACCUUUUUACAAGCUAGAAAGGAGAAUAGAAAUGUUUUGGUAACAUUUAUUACUUGUGGAUUCCCAAGUGUUGAUGAAACAAUUGAUAUUAUGAAGGGUCUUCAAGCUGGAGGCGCUGGAGUCAUUGAGCUGGGUGUUCCUUUUUCUGACGCAGUCGCAGAUGGACCCACCAUUUGCAAGGGUAAUGAGGUGGCUCUUAAAAAUAAAGUUAGUUUAAUGACCGUCUUUGAUACCGUCAAGCGUGCUCGUGAAGCUGGUGUUACCAUUCCUAUCAUUUUAAUGGGUUAUUACAACCCUAUCUAUAAUUAUGGUGAUACUAAAACCAUUCAAAAGACUAAAGAGGUUGGCGCUAAUGGCUUUAUUAUUGUUGACUUACCUCCUGAGGAAGCUGUUGGUUUUAGAGCUGAGUGCGCUAAAGAAGGACUUAGCUUUGUCCCCCUUGUAGCUCCCUCUACCACUGAUAAGCGUAUGAAGGUUUUGGCUUCUAUUGCAGAUUCUUUCAUAUACGUCGUCUCCCGUAUGGGUAGCACUGGCUCUUCUUCUACUGGUAGUAUCAAUAGUGCUUUGCCCGAUUUGUGCGAUCGCAUUCGCAAAUAUGCUGGAGAUACACCGUUGGCUGUUGGAUUUGGUGUAAACACCAACGAACAUUUCCGAUAUGUGGGUAGCGUUGCUGAUGGAGUUGUCGUCGGUAGUAAAAUUAUUGAUUUGAUUUUUAAGGCUGAAUCCGGUCAGGCUGCUAACGAUGCUAAGGAAUACUGUCAAUAUUUGACCCAACAAGAUACCUCUGCUCCUCCUGCUAAACGCUUUGCAUCUGAUGCUGCCGUUAAUACUGCUCCUCCUGCCGCAAUCCUUGAACCUGCUAACGAAAUGUACCUUCCUCAAACUUUCGGUUCUUUCGGAGGUAUGUUCGUUCCAGAAGCUUUGACUCAAUGUUUGAUUGAACUUGAAAGCGCCUUUUACAAAGCCAUAAAUGAAGAGAAGUUUUGGGAAGAGUUCCGCUCUUACUAUGAGUAUAUGGGUCGUCCCAGUUCUCUUGAUUAUGCCAAGCGUCUUACAGAAUACUGCGGUGGUGCUCACAUUUGGUUGAAGCGUGAAGAUUUGAAUCAUGGUGGUUCUCACAAGAUUAACAACUCUAUUGGUCAAAUUUUGAUUGCCAAACGUCUUGGUAAGAACCGUGUUAUUGCUGAAACAGGUGCUGGACAACACGGUGUUGCUACUGCUAUCGCUGCUGCUAAGCUUGGCAUGAAGUGCACAAUUUAUAUGGGAGCUGAAGACUGCCGUCGUCAAUCUCUAAAUGUUUUCCGUAUCCGUAUAUUGGGUGCGGAGGUUAUUCCUGUCACUUCCGGUACUCAAACUCUUCGUGACGCUGUAAACGAAGCUCUUAGAGCUUGGGUUGAACAAAUUGAUACUACUCAUUAUUUGAUUGGAUCUGCUAUCGGACCUCAUCCUUUCCCUACUAUUGUUAAGACAUUCCAAACUGUAAUUGGCAAGGAAACCAAAGCACAACUAAAGGAAAAGCGUAACAAGCUUCCUGACGCCGUCGUGGCUUGCGUUGGAGGCGGAUCCAACUCCAUUGGUAUGUUUUCUCCUUUUAAGGAAGACAAAUCGGUGCAGCUUUUGGGGUGUGAAGCUGGUGGCUCUGGUGUUGAAACAGACAAGCAUAGUGCUACAUUAUCUAUGGGUAAAAUUGGUGUAUUCCAUGGUGUUCGUACCUAUGUCUUACAGCGCGAAGAUGGACAAAUCCAAGAUACCCAUUCUAUCUCCGCUGGUCUGGACUAUCCUGGCGUUGGUCCCGAGUUAUCUGAAUUGAAAGAAACCAAACGUGGCGAUUUCAUCGCAGUUACAGAUGCUCAAUGCCUCGAAGGUUUCCGUGCUCUAUGCCAUUGCGAAGGUAUUAUUCCCGCCUUGGAAUCUUCUCAUGCUAUUUAUGGUGGUAUGGAAUUGGCAAAGAGUCUUCCUAAAGACAAGGAUAUCGUGAUCUGUGUUUCUGGUCGUGGUGAUAAAGACGUUGAAAGCGUUGCUGAGCAAUUGCCUACUUUGGGACCUCAAAUUGGAUGGGACCUUCGCUUCUAAGUUUGUGAGUCUUUUUCGAUCAUUUGAAGGGAUGUUGUUAUCUUUAUUUAAAGGCAUCAAUACAUAUAUGAAAUAAACCGAUGCUUUUUGACUAAUGAAAAACUCUCAUACUAAAUGUUAAACGUUAAUACUGAUACAGCAGACAAUUUUCUGUAGAAAAAUUUCCUGGUAGAUGAUAGAGUUUUUGGCAAAAUAUUUCUUGAUAUAUAAAAUAAAACUUUGGUUGUGGAUAUCAUCUAUUCUCUAUAAAGCAAGUU